GCGGCGGCGGCGGCGGCUGCUGCUGGAACGGCCCGGCAGGAGGAGGCGGCGAGGAUGGCGGCGGCGGCGGCGGCGUCCUGGGCGCGGCGGAGAUGAGCGCUCGCGGCCCCAGGCCCAAGGCGGCGUGGCCGGAGUGGGCGGGGGUCCCGAUGCAGUCCCGAGGGGGGCCAUGGGGCAGGUCCUGCCGGUCUUCGCCCACUGCAAAGAAGCUCCAUCUACAGCUUCAUCUACCCCUGACUCCACAGAAGGAGGGAACGACGAUUCGGAUUUUCGGGAGCUGCAUACAGCCCGGGAAUUCUCGGAGGACGACGAGGAGGAGACCACGUCGCAGGACUGGGGCACUCCCCGGGAGCUGACCUUCUCCUACAUCGCCUUCGACGGUGUGGUGGGCUCUGGGGCUCGCAGGGAAUCAGGCGCUCGCCGCCCACGGCCCCAGGGCCGCUCAGUCUCGGAGCCGCGAGACCCGCCCCCUCAGCCCGGCCUGGGCGACAGCUUGGAAAGCAUCCCCAGCCUGAGUCAAUCCCCGGAGCCAGGGCGUCGAGGUGACCCCAGUUCUGCCCCUCCAGCUGAGCGCCCCCCGGAGGACCUGGGGCUUCAGCUGGAUCAACUGGGCUGGGCGACCCGGGGAGCAGGGACUGGGGAGGACUCUGCCACCAGUAGCUCCACUCCGCUGGAAGACGAGGAGCCCGAAGGAUCAGUUGCUGGAGAGGCUGGGAAAGAAUUGGACCUACCACUCGGAUUCGUUCAGUCCUCGCCGCUGGAAGUCUUUACUCCACAGCCCAGCCCUGUCUCUGGGAUCCCCCAGACCCCCACCCCAUCCCCACCUCGAUCCCGGGAUUCGAACUCUUGGCCGGAUGAGCCCUUGCUGGACGAGAAGGAGGAAGAGCCGUGGGGGCAGCUGGAGCAGGAGCCAAUCACGGGGCAAUGCCUCGAUAGCACGGACCAAUCAGAAUUCACACUGGAAUCACACGUUCUAGUAUGCUCAGUCUCCAUGAACGGUUCCUAUAGGUUGGUUGUAGACAUCCCUGCUUUCGGCUGUUUACAAAGACAGCCACACCGUUUUGGAAUUGUUCCCACCUCUAUGGAGAGCCAUUGGCUGGGUACAAAGGGGGCCCCGCCCCCUAUUCCCUCCCUCCUGGUUCCACUGAAGUGGGCAAAAUCCCUGAGAAGCAGCGGUGUCUGUAGCCUCUCACUCGGAGGAGCCGAGAUGGGGAGUAAAGUGGCGGACCUGCUGUACUGGAAGGACACGAGGACGUCAGGAGUGGUCUUCACAGGCCUCAUGGUCUCCCUGCUAAGCCUCCUGCAUUUUAGCAUCGUGUCCGUGGCCGCCCACGUGGCCCUGUUGCUGCUCUGCGGCACCAUCUCUCUCAGGGUUUACCGAAAAGUGCUGCAGGCCUUGCACCGGGGGGACGGCACCAACCCCUUCCAGGCCUACCUGGACGUGGACCUGACCCUGACUCGGGAGCAGACUGAACGUUUGUCCCAGCAGAUUGCCUCCCGCGUGGUCUCUGCGGCCAUACAGCUGCGGCAUUUCUUCCUGGUAGAAGACCUCGUGGACUCCCUCAAGCUGGCCCUUCUCUUCUACAUCUUGACCUUCGUGGGUGCCGUCUUCAAUGGUUUGACUCUUCUCAUUCUGGGAGUGAUCGGUGUAUUCACAGUCCCUCUGCUAUAUCGACAGCAUCAGGCCCAGAUUGAUCAGUAUGUGGGAUUGGUGACCAAUCAGUUGAGCCACAUCAAAGCUAAGAUCCGAGCUAAGAUCCCAGGGACCGGAGCCCUUGCCUCGGUAGCAGCUGCAGUCUCCGGACCCAAAGCCAAAGCCGAAUGAAAGAGGUGUCUCUGCCUGCGGGACGCCUGCCCCCACCCCCUGUAGCCCUCUGCCCUCUUCCAUCUCCCUUCCAUCCCUGCCCUCAUUCAGCCUCAGCCCGAGCCAUUUCCCAGUGGGUGUCAGGAUCACUCACACCAGGGAGUUUGCGCAAAUUGCCUGAGCGGUCAGGACUGCAUUUCCCAAGAGGCUCUGCUCUAGGAGUCCAAGGAAAGCGAGGCACCUUGGCCGCGGGGCCUGCUGGGACUUGUAGUUGCCUAGAUAGGGCACACGCCCUGCACUUCCGUGACCCCACCGCUGGAGGCGCCGUGAGGGCUUGGUGUCUCUUUCGACGCCACUAGCCCCAACGCUGGGGCUUUGCAUGGGGCCCAGGGGAGGCCUGAGCUUGGAUUUACACUGUAAUAAAGACUUCUGUGGAA